AUGAGUGCGAUCCCGCCUUAUCGCACGAAGCUCUUGGCUUUACAUCGAGACCUCGUGUCGAUUGAUUCUGUCACUGGCCGCGAAAAUGAAGUCGGCGAAUUUCUAGUUGCACAUCUUGAAAAGAAUGGAUACCAGACCAGUCGACAAGUAUUACCCAACCGCAGCGACACACCAGCCGAUCGCCCUCGCUUCAACGUCCUCGCCUGGCCCAAGCGCAAAGCAACCUCUUUGGAAGAUGUAAGCGCUCCUCGGCUGCUCGUCACGGCGCACAUUGACACAGUACCGCCACACAUACCUUAUUCCAUCGACAGCGGUGAAGUUACGGUCGACACCAAGAUCCACGGCCGGGGCAGCUCCGACACCAAAGGCGCCGUCGCCGCGCAGAUUGUCGCCCUGGACGAGCUGCUAGCCGAGGAACGUGUCCGGCCCGAAGACGUCAUGCUGCUGUACGUUGUCGGUGAGGAGGAAGGCGGAGACGGCAUGCGGCACUUUUCGCGCGUGCUCAACGCGCGAUGCAACGGCGACGACGGCGCUGCCUCUGCCUCUGCCUCGGAUGCAGCGGCGCUCCUCCAACGCCUGCCGCUGGCCACGGGCUUCGACGCCGCCAUCUUUGGCGAGCCGACGGAGGGCAAGCUCGCGCGGGGCCACAAGGGCCUCAUCAUCUGCACGGUAAAGGCGCGGGGGCUCGCGGGCCACAGCGGGUACCCGUGGCUGGGCAAGAGCGCGAAUGAGCUGCUGGUGCGGGCGCUUCAGGGCCUGCUGGACGGGGACCUGGGCAGCAGCGAGCGCUUCGGGCGGACGACGGUCAAUGUCGGCGUGAUGAGGGGCGGGGUGGCGGGCAACGUGAUUCCCGAGGCGGCGGAGGCGUCGCUGGUGCUGCGCGUGGCGACGGGGCCGCAGGCCGACGGGCACGAGCAGGUCAAGCAGAGGAUGCUGGAGAUACUGAGAGACGUGGACGCCGAGGCGUUUACCGUCGAAUGGGGUGCUAGCUUUGGCGCCGUCCCGUGCGAUUACGAUGUAGAAGGCUUCGAGACGUGCGUGGUGAACUUUGGAACGGAUGUUCCCGGCCUCGAGGGAAAUCAUGCGAGAUAUCUGUACGGCCCGGGGAGCAUACUGGUCGCGCACGCGGACCAUGAGCACUUGACGGUGGGGGAUAUGGAUCGCGCUGUUGUGGACUACAAGAAGCUCAUUGAACAUGCUCUGGCGCGGAAGCCUGUCCAAUGUCCUGGCGAAGGGGUGUGA